AGCAAAACUGAACCUGUGUCUGUUCAGAUUAGAAUAAUCAUAAUGUACACCAGGUUAUGACUUUUACUUUUGAACUUUUAUAUCAUUUUAUCAAUCCCACUUUAUUUGUGUAGCACUUAUCAUAGAAAACAUUGUAACACAAAGUGCUUCACACACUUCCACCUCAUUACAAACAAAGCACAAGACAAAAUGAGGAUCUGAGAGGUAAUUAAAGUAAAAACAAAUCCAGUUAAUCUCCUUAAUUUGAUCCAUUUGUUGAUCAGAAAUCAUCUUCAAACUAAAAAAACAGUUUUAUUAUAUGAACAAUAAUACUCCAACCUCGACUAUGGACAUUGUGUAACUGAGCGUCACAUGACUGAUAACAGCUGUGGAGAUAAACAGACUUUAAAGCUGGGCUGGGAGGAGGAAGUAGAGGACACAUGAGGAGCCACACUCUGUGCGGAGAGGUUUGUGUAUUUUCUUUAUUCUCCCCAAAUGUUUGAUCUCCUCUUGUCCUCUGCUGGGUCUCUCAUCUCCUCUUUUUGCUUUCACAGGCUGAUAUCUGAGCGUUUUGCGCCACCUUGUGUGUGAACAGCAACCUUCAGCCACAUCUGUCACAAGAUGGUGUCAGUGAUUGCCACUCUUCGCCACCACACGGACGAGGUGAGCUGCUGCGCCUUCUCUCCAUCGCUCCUGGCCACCUCCUCCGGCGAUAAGACCCUCCGUGUUUACAGCGCGGCUGACUUCUCGGAGCUCCCUUUCUCUCCUCUCUCGGGUCACGGAUACGGAGUUCACUGCUGCCGCUUCAGCUCGUGUGGAGGCUUCCUGCUCAGCUGCUCCACCGACGGAUCCGUGAUCGUGUGGAGCUCGGGCACAGGUGAGGUGACCGCCGUGCUGCAGCACCCGGGCCGCAGUCCGCUCCGAGUGUGCGCACUGGCGCCGGACUCCUCCCUCCUGCUGGCAGGGGCCUGUGAUGGCACCGUGGCCCUCUGGGACUUCUCCUCCAAGACAUUACGCAGAUGCAGUGCAGCAAGUGAGGCCAGUGUCGUGGCCUGCUGUUUCUCUCCUUGUGGCCAGAUGUUUGUGACCGGCUGUACCCAUGGAGACCUCAAACUCUGGGAUACGGACAUCAGCCUCCUGCAUGCUCUGAGGGACGCCCAUGACCUGGGAGUCACCUGCUGCAGCUUCGCACCCCAGUUUAAAAUUGGUGACGAUGGCUGCUGUGUGGAGUUUCGACUGGCCUCCUGUGGCCAGGACAGCCAGCUGAAAAUAUGGAUUGUUUCCCAGCGUGAAGGAGCAGCCUGUGCCAUGAAGCUGCUUCACACUCUCACCUCUCAGUCUGCUCCGGUCCUGUCUUGUGCCUUCUCCUCUGACGGCGAUCUAGUCGUCUCGGGUUCAGUGGAUAAAAGUGUUGCAGUAUAUGAUGCGACCCUGGGAGCCCUGCUCUACACUCUGAAACAGCACGACAGGUAUGUGACUGCUGUCGCUCUGUCUCCCACCAUGCCGUGGAUUGCAACCGGCUCCAUGGACAAAACCGUAAACGUGUGGAGAAUAGAGAGGGAUGGAGUCAGCAGAACGGGAAGGAACUUGCCGGGUCACUCCAGGCUGCUGGUUGCUGAUUGGUCGGAGGAGGAUGUGCAGACUUGGCUCUGUGAAGAAGGACUGCAGGAGCUUGUCAGCAUCUUCAAAGCCAACAACAUUGACGGAGCAGAGCUCAGCCAGCUGGACAAGGAAACGGCCUCAGAGCUGGGAAUCGAGUCCGUGGGCCUCCGUGGUCGUCUCCUGAGGAAAAUCGAGGCACUGAAGGCGGAGCAGAGCGGUUCAGAGGCCCCGGAUGAGUUUCUGUGUCCAAUCACCAGAGAGCUGAUGAAGGAUCCAGUCAUUGCAGCAGAUGGGUAUUCCUAUGAGCGAGAAUCCAUCGAGAGCUGGAUCAGGGGCAAGAACAAAACCAGUCCAAUGACGAACCUGCCGUUACAGACAACGCUCCUGACCCCCAAUAGAUCUUUGAAGACGGCGAUAACACGAUGGAAGUCGAGCCAGUAGUCAGAAGCGGCACGGCUAACCAGCUAACGGCAGCCACAGUUAGUCUGAUGACAGGCCUCCCCUCGUUUGGAAUAAGUCUAGAUUUUGGUGCACCACUUGAUGAGUGCCUGCAUAUGAGACAGCUUUAAAACUGCACAUUUAGAGACGCUUGAAGCGGAAAGUGGAAUUCAUAAGCUCUGUUUGAUACUCACGUGGUAGAGGUCAGUUAGCUCCGUUACCGUUAGCUCUUGUUUUGGUAUCUGCUAUCAUUGUAAUGGUCACAAUGGAUGCUGCUAAGAAAAAAAGUCACAUAAGCUCAUUGUUAGAAAAUAACACUAUUUCUCCUACGGCUAUACGAAAUUUGUGACCACGUGUUAGGCUUCAUGGCGAUUAUUAACUCAGGCAAUCUUGUGUUUUAAAAAUAAAAGUCAGCAGACGUGUUUGUUUUUUCCUUGAGGGUCUUUAUUUCUCUCUCCCAUGGUGGCUAUGGCAGUAAUGAUCUAUUACAGUAUGUGAUCACGG